GAGCCAAUAUUUUAGUCAACAAGUCUAGUUUGAACUCGACUCGACUCGUUAAUAAACAAUGGGAAGCAUUGACGAUAACACAAAAUCUAUUAAGAGGUUAACAGGUAGAUGAUCUACUAAUCACUGGCGAUCAAUUGUGAAGCGACUCAAUAGAGUUUGGGCUAUCAACAAGAGCUGCGAAGUCAAUCGAAAUGAGCGCUUAUAACUAUUGAAAGAGAUAGAUUCAUGAAGAAUUUUGAGGUGAAUUCUGAUCGGUAAAGUGUAUUGCUACUAGAAAUUCCUAUAUUGAAACCUUGGAUAUUUUGCAAUGGAAACUUUGUAUAGGAAGGGGGCGAAGGUUGAAAGUGAAGGGGUGUAUGCGAAAAAGUUAAUCUGUUAACUUGAAAAUUCGUUGGCAUAUUAUGAGGUAAGUGGCAUUCCCUGGAUAUUAUCACUCGUUUGGUUAAAGAUUUAACAGUGGUGAGAGUGGGUAAAUGGGGUAAGUCUCAUGUUCCAGCUGCCCCCAAAUCCAAGUGCAAAUUAGAAAAAAAAAAGUUAUUGCUCUAAUAUUUUUAUUUUUGUGUUAGACUGUUAGUUGUUCUAAUUACUGAUUAGUAUCAGAGAGAGCGGUGGGCUUUUUGCUUCUUAUUAGAGAGAGGGAUGGGUGAUAGGGAAAUGGGAAUGGGAAAUGGGAACGGGAACGGAGGAAUGGGUUGGGUUUCGCACUUUCGCUUCUUUGUUAUUGGUUUUGGUAUUAGCUUUAUAAUUAGGAUUAAUAUUUUCGUAUGGCCUGAACUUUGACCAAAAUAAACAUCCUGGUCAAUCUUUUCGAUCUAUAACAUCUUGGCCCGAACUAUACACCAAAAUAAACAAUUUGGCCAAAUCCGAUAUUUGACCGUUAACUUGGAUGGUCAAACGCGUUGACUAACGAUCAACUCGCCACAUCACUGCCACGUCACUGCCAAAUCAGAAGAUCUGAUAAAUAUUUAUUUAUUUUGUUUUUUAUUUUUGGUUUAAAUAAGGUAUUAGAUGAUUUUUUUUAAUUUAUAAUAAUUUAAAAUUAGGGAAUGUGUGGAAAUUGUGAAUUAUUUUAAAUAUUUUAUGCUGACUUGGCAGUGACAUGGCGCGUUGACUAACGGUCAACGCAUUUGACCGUCCAAGUUAAUGGUCAAAAGUCGGAUCUGGCCAAAUUGUUUAUUUUGGUGUAUAGUUCGGGCCAGGAUGUUAUAGAUCGAAAAGAUUGGCCAGGAUGUUUAUUUUGGUCAAAGUUCAGGUCAUACGAAAAUAUUAACCCUUCUAAUUAUAACAAAUUAAUAUUUUGUUUUACCGUUACAACUUACACCUUCUUGUUUUUUAUCCCAAACACCAAUUUACACCUGUUACGAUACGAGUCAUUCGUAAUAAUCUAGGAAUUUUUGGGCUCAUCUAUUUUUAGUAGAAUUAUUAAUUAGUUAGAUUUCGUAUUAUUUAGUAUAUUAUUAUUGUUUACUUGUCUUAGUAGAAUUUGAGAUUGUUUUCUAGUAUGUUUAGGAUUUGGUUAUCUUUUCCUUGUAGGAAAGGUUUCAUGUUCUAGAUAGGAGAAAGUAGAGGCUUCCUAUGUCUAUAAAUAUGUAUUGUGUCUUUCGUUUAAUAAUAUGAGAAGAUUGGAACCCAGGUAGCUUAGUAGUUUAGUUCUUCGAUCCUCUAUAUUUCUCUUCGUUCUAAAGCCAUUCUCGAGUUUCUUUGUUCGAUUCGUGAGUGAUACAUUGCGUGAAAGUUCUAAUCCGGGAAAUUCACGUAACAAUUGGUAUCAGAGCCUGGUUUCAACAACCACAGUCGAGCUUACCAGCAUCAUCAUCACACGCCGACAGGGUUGACAACCAGAGCAAACGAUGGGUAAAACCCGAGCCACCAGCGCCGAUGACAUGGAAAACGACCCUCUGGUCCGCGUCCAGGAAACGGAGGGACGUUUGGAAACACUAGAAGGAUGGGUCAACCAACUCGCCGAGCAGUUGAAGGGAAUGGAACGGAAGCUAAACCACAAGAUCAACGGCGUAGCUAAUGCCGUAGCUGAAAUUCAAGCUCGGAUGAACGAGAAUCAUGCUCGAGCCGAGGAAAAGUACGCCGCACUGAUGGAGAUGAUCGGGACCCUCAUCGCCGAAAAAAGGGCGCAACCGACCCAGGGAACAAGGUCAACGACGACCUCGCGGAAUCCUCGCCAGAGAAACUCGCACACCUCACUGCCGAGACGAAGCUUAAGAAACCUGUCGCCGAUCGCGACGAGGUUGUAACAGGAGAUAUUGAAAGUCAUCAUCAAGACUCAAACUGACAACCAUGAAUGUCAAAAAGGAUUGACAAGGUUUAGAGGAAAUCAUCAUCAAGUUUAAUUUAAUGUCAAUGUUUAGUUUAGCUUUAGUUUGAGUUAUGUUUUAUCUUUGUUGUUGUUUUCUCCAAAAGCAAGCUAGCACGCCUUGUCUUGUAGUGUCAAACUUGAGUAUUUAAACCCAACCAUGAAUGAGAAAUACCCAAGGCUUCUAGGGUUUCAUUUUCCCCAACUCAUCUUUGUUGUUAUGGUAUCAGAGCCUCUGAAUCCUAGAGAACUCUAAAAACCUUCUACCCACAAAAAUAAGGACUAUGUCCAAAU